AUGCGUGGUACGUCGGAAGGUGGCAGCAGCAGAAUACAAGUCGCUGAAACGUACUAUUCGUUAUAUGUGUCCCGGGUGAAGAAAAGCGUCUGUGAAGCUGAUAUUGUGGACUAUAUUACUAACAAGGGUGAAACGUCUCUUAAAAGGUCUAUUGAACAAGUACGAAUGUUAUGUGAAUACACUGAUAUUAUUGCAUUGCAGGAGACUUGGCUCCUCCCACAUGACCUAGAUUUUGUAAGUAGUAUAAGUGAUAAUUUUGCUAGUUGCGCGAAGUCGUCCGUAGAUACGACUUUGGGUGUCUUGCGCGGUCGCCCAUAUGGAGGUCUGGCUAUUCUGUGGAGGAGGUCAGUUUUUAAAGAUGUGAAAAUUAUCGACUGCUCCACAGACAGACUAGCUGCCGUUCGCAUUAAUUGCGCGGGAAAACAAUUUCUUGUCAUGAACGUCUACAUGCCAACGAAUAAGGAAGAGAAUCUGAUCGAUUUUACGACAUGUCUUGCGCAGAUUACGGCUAUUAUUGACGAGUGCGAUACCGAAGCGGUAUAUGUGUUGGGGGAUUUUAAUGCUGACCCGCAACAGCUGUUCGGGCGGGAAUUGACAAAUUUCUGCAAUGACAAUCAGCUUCACUGCAUCGAUCAGGACUUAUUAGGUUGUGACUCAGGCACGUAUACUUAUAUUAGUGAUGCCUACGGAACCCGAUCAUGGCUCGAUCAUUGCGUUGUGACUACGGCGGCGCGUGACUCUGUUCUCUCGGCCAAAGUCGAAUAUGGGGUGUAUUGGUCGGAUCAUAUGCCGCUAAGUAUUGUCUGUGAUAUCUCUGUGAUAGUAAUUAAGGACUGUUUAGUUAAUAACUAUAUGCUAAGUGAAUUUAAUCAAGUGACGUGGGGAACCCGUACGACAGAGCAGAUUGAAUUGUAUAGUCGGUUAUGUGAUCGUAAUUUAACUAACUUGAAAUAUAUAUCGCCUGUUUGUAUUCAGUGUGACAAUCGAAUAUGUGCGAAUCAUUUAUAUUUGAUAGAUAAGUUUUAUGAUGAUAUUGUUAAAAUAUUAAGAGAUGCAGCUAUUGAUAGUGCGGUAUGCUGUCGGCGCAUGCACAAAAAGCCUAUUUUGGGUUGGAACCACUACGUCAAAAAUAGUUACAGAAACGCACGAAAUAAUUUUGCAAAGUGGGUGCUUGCAGGAAAGCCAGUACAGGGUAAAUGGUAUGAUAAUAUGAAAUCGAGCAAAAGGACUUUCAAAAAUAAGUUAAAAUGGUGUCAAAAUCAUGAAGAAGAAAUCAAAAUGAAUGUGCUGGCUAUGCACAAGUAUAACAAAAAUUUUGUUAAGUUUUGGAAUUCGACUAAAAAAAUUAAUGGUGUUACUAAAUUGCCUACAAAUAUAAAUAAUGAAGAAGACCCCUUAUUGAUCGCGAACACCUUUGCGAGUCACUUUCGUGUCUCGCCUUUACCUAUACCCUCACCCGCUAUUAAAAUUGAUGGGAGCAGAGUUUGUGUAGGAGAUGAUGAUCGUCUAAUAUCUCCGGAGACUAUAGCCUUAAUUAUAAAACAAAUGUCGCGCGGCAAGUCUCCGGGCUUUGACGGCUUAAGCCUUGAGCACAUAUUGUUUGCGGGGAAGGAAAUCUUUUCGAAAUUAAAAGUAAUGGUGUUUAGGGCUGGAAGAGGUCCGGACCAUGUGCCCAAGGUAUAUUUAAAGGGCGAGGCGAUAAAAAUGGUUGAUAAGUUUAGGUACUUGGGGCACGUAUUAACGGAGCGGGCAUCUGACGAUGCUGACAUUGAACGUGAAAGACGAUCACUUGCCGUAAGAUGUAACAUGCUGGCGCGUCGCUUUGCCAGGUGUGAUAACGAGCCUGAGGACUUACAAAAACGACGAGAACUCGUUCGAAAUUACUUCUCUGAGAGCUUUUGGAACACUUUUAUAUUCUUUUUUCUUCAAGAGUUGACACUGGAGUGUUGCGUAUUGAGCGGGGCAGUUCUUUUCAUAUUCUGCGGCGUGUCUGCUAGCGCUUGUACUCUGCUCGUGCCGAGUGCUGCAGCUGUUGUCGCCGUUGCCGUUUUAAUCCAUGGGUUGACUCUGGCACAGAAACAUUCAGAGAGUAUUAAUGGAGAAAUAUUGGGUGUAGUAGUGGAGACUCAAGGGAACCUGCUGCCUUCUGCGGUUGGACCGUUGCCGAUACAUUUGAGACUAAAUGAAGCCCACAAUUAUAAGAGACAGUCAACGCUGUAUUCACAAAUUAUUGCAACAGUAAGCAUCUCAGAAUACCAUGGUGUCUCCCGCAGUGGUUGGUUUCAUUCAUUGACCGUGCACCCACAAUGGCGAAGGCGAGGUUUAGCGCUCGCUCUGACAGAUGCGGCUCGACGGUUGUCAGUAGGGCGCGGUCUGCAGUCACUGGAGUGCGCGCUUAGUCAUCUACAGAACGGUGCGCGUCGUCUGCUGCAAUUGGCAGGAUGGGAGUGUCGAGGCUCGUACGAGCGUCGUUUAAUGGGAGCGGCGCUGACGUUGCCUAUGCUUCGUCUGGGCCUCGAUCUUCCGUUCCCCUGA